GUUGCUUUCUACAGUUGCAGCCAUGAGUGGACAUGAGUUCUUCAGGAAGAGAGCAUUUCUAUUUCUAAUUCUUUGCUGUGUUUCGUCUGGAUUUGCCUUGGAUGUUUGUUCCAACACCAUCAUACCUGGAUCUAAAGGUGACCAGGGUGAGGUGGGAGACACAGGUGACGGGGGACGAAUAGGGAAAACCGGGCCGCUUGGAGAAACAGGCUUAACAGGAGAAAUGGGACAGAAGGGGGAUUCUGGUCGAUUAGGUAAAACUGGCCCUGAAGGAGAACAAGGGCAGAAAGGAGAACAUGGAAUGACUGGGCCCUCAGGUUUGAAGGGCAAACCAGGCUCGACGUGUGACUGUGGAAGGUACAGGAGGGUUGUUGGACAAAUGGACAUCAACAUAAGCAAACUGAAAAGUGCUGUAAAGUUUGUUAAACAUGUUGUUUUGGGAGUUAAAGAGACAGAGGAGAGGUUGUUCCUGCUGGUGAAGGAGGAGAGAAAAUACCGUGAUGCUCUGAUGAACUGCAGGCUGAGAGGAGGAACGCUGGCAAUGCCCGAGAGUGAAAAUGCUACUGCACUGCUGGGCAACUACAUCAGCGAUGCUGGUCUCACCCAAGUGCUUGUGGGAAGACCACUGGCACAGGAGGGAGGAGAAGAGUCACUUGUAAAAAAUGCUACAGCUUUAGGAACCAGCUGUGCACAGAUGGCAUCUAACGGAGCACUGAGUCAGGUGGAGUGUGACGUUGCAAAAUAUUACAUCUGCGAGUUUAACAAAAAUAAAUAAUGUGGAAGAUUUUUUAUGGGGUGGGGAUUUCUACUGUUUUAGUCUUAUAUUGUUUCAUUGAUUGAUAAAUAAAGGUUUUUUAUCUUUA